AACAUCGCGAGCACCGGUCUCUCAGGCCGCCACGAAAAUUCCAAGACCGACCGACGUGCCAUGAGGCCGCCCAACUCCCGUGCAUGACGAAGACCGGGAAUUCACGCCGUCGCUAGGCCCUCCGUUUUCCGCAACUGCACCUUCGGGUGCUCCGAGUUCGAGUACACGAGGCAAGAUGGCGUCCGGAGGAGGCAAUAUCAAGGUGGUGGUGAGGUGUCGGCCAUUCAAUAGUAGAGAAAUCGCAAGGAAUGCACAAUGUAUCGUUCAAAUGAAGGGGGAGCAGACGAUCCUCACGCCCCCAAGCAACAUUGAGGCCAAAAGCAAAGCCACCAAAGGAGCGCUGGACGGUCCAAAAACUUUCGCAUUCGACAAGUCAUACUGGUCCUUCAACCGCAACGAUCCCAACUAUGCCGGACAGGAGAACCUAUUCGUCGAUCUCGGGAAGCCGCUGCUUGACAAUGCAUUUCAGGGGUACAACAAUUGCAUCUUCGCAUAUGGACAGACGGGCUCGGGAAAAUCAUACUCGAUGAUGGGAUAUGGGAAGGAAGCUGGUAUCAUACCGAAGAUCUGCCAGAACAUGUUCGAGCGAAUCAAGGAGAUGCAGUCGGACGCCAAUUUGAGCUGCACGGUUGAAGUGUCAUACUUGGAGAUCUAUAACGAGCGCGUGCGCGACUUGUUAAAUCCGUCGACGAAGGGGAAUCUCAGGGUCCGAGAGCAUCCCUCGACUGGCCCGUAUGUGGAGGACCUGGCGAAACUUGUGGUGCGAUCGUUUGAGGAGAUUGAGCACCUGAUGGAUGAGGGAAACAAGGCCCGUACUGUUGCAGCGACCAACAUGAACGAGACAUCUUCCCGCUCCCACGCUGUUUUCACCUUGACCCUUACUCAGAAGCGCCACGACGUGGAGACGAGCAUGAGCGGAGAAAAGGUAGCCAAGAUUAGUCUGGUCGAUCUGGCAGGUUCAGAAAGAGCUACAUCCACAGGUGCUACUGGUGCCCGUCUGAAGGAAGGCGCUGAAAUCAAUCGCUCCUUGUCCACUCUGGGCCGUGUGAUUGCAGCUCUGGCGGACAUGUCGACAGGAAAGAAGAAGAAUGUCCAGGUGCCAUAUCGAGACUCAGUUUUAACUUGGCUGUUAAAGGACUCCUUAGGUGGUAACAGUUUGACUGCUAUGAUAGCAGCCAUAUCACCCGCUGAUAUCAAUUUCGAAGAGACACUCUCAACGCUCCGUUAUGCAGACUCGGCGAAGCGCAUCAAGAACCAUGCAGUCGUCAAUGAGGAUCCAAAUGCCCGCAUGAUUAGAGAGCUGAAGGAAGAGCUUGCUCAACUGCGUUCAAAGCUCAGCGGUGGCGGAGGCGGUGGCUUGGUGGAGGAGCAAUAUGCCCCAGGCACUCCUUUAGAGAACCAGAUUGUCUCAAUCCAGCAGCCAGACGGGACAAUAAAGAAAGUGUCUAAAGCUGAGAUUGUUGAGCAACUGAAUCAGUCCGAGAAGCUGUACAAAGACCUCAAUCAGACAUGGGAAGAAAAGCUACAGAAAACAGAGGAAAUACACAAGGAGCGAGAAGCCGCUCUGGAAGAGUUGGGCAUCAGCAUUGAGAAAGGGUUUGUUGGCUUGUCGACACCGAAGAAAAUGCCACAUCUGGUGAACUUGAGCGAUGAUCCUCUACUUGCAGAGUGCUUGGUGUACAACCUGAAACCGGGGACGACCACCGUUGGUAAUGUGGAGACUGAAAACCAAACAGCAGAGAUCCGUCUCAAUGGCUCUCAAAUCCUCGACGAGCACUGCACAUUCGAAAAUGUGGAUGGAGCUGUCACCGUCAUUCCGAAAGACAAUGCUGGCGUCAUGGUGAACGGAGUGCGUAUUGAUAAACCCAAGCGAUUGAGGAGUGGCUAUCGUAUCAUUCUUGGUGACUUUCACAUAUUUCGGUUCAACAACCCUCAGGAAGCUAGAGCUGAACGCGCAGAAGUAGGGUCUAGCCUGCUUCGGCACUCCGUUACAGCGAGCCAGUUCACUACGCCCACCCGACCCGGUCAUGAUAGGUCGUUGAGCACAAUCAGCAGAGCCGACUCAGAAAUUGACUCCGAUAGUCCGAGAGCGCUCUCGCCUGCGCCUUUCCAACGUGGCCGAGAUUCGGACUGGUCAUUUGCUAGGCGAGAGGCUGUUACCGCCCUUCUCGGUACUGACCAGAAGAUCGCUUCACUCUCUGAUGAAGAUUUGGAUGUGUUAUUUGAGGACCUUCAACGCCUCCGCGCUAACAGGAAGGCGCGACCCGAGAGCCGUCUUUUUGAUGCGGAUGAAGACAUGGAAUCUGUGAGCUCUUACCCUAUCAGGGAGAAGUACGCGUCUACAGGAACAAUUGACAACUUCUCUCUGGAUACUGUCUUAACAAUGCCCUCCACGCCCCGGAUGGGCGAAGACGAAGAACGAUUGCGGAACGCCAAAGACGAUAUGCAAGAGAAGCUCGACAAGCAGAAGGAGGAAUACCAGGCAAAGCUCAACUCUGCCGAGGAGACAAAUGUGGAGAUUGAGGAGAUUAAAGCCGAGAAGGCCAAGAUGGAAGAGAAUCUACGGGCGGUGAAGGAGGAGAUGCAAAAGCAGCUUCAGGAACAGAAAGAAGAGUUUGACCGACAUCUCAAGGAGCUGGGACAUGAACCCAUGCCAACUGAAUCUAAUAUUGUACAAACGACAAAACCUACCGAAAGGCAACUUGACUUAGCCAAACAGGCGUUCCAGCAAUGGCGACAGCGGAGAUAUGUUUCAAUGGCCGAGACAAUCCUGCAGAAUGCGGCCACGUUGAAAGAAGCUCAAGUCAUGAGCCAACAGAUGGACAAGCACGUUGUCUUCCAAUUCUGUAUUGUUGAUGUUGGUCACACUUUCGGUUCCUCUUACGAUCUGGUGCUGAACGGCAUCUCUGCCGAGGACGACGAGUUUUUGGAUAAGGCACCAAAGCCUUGCGUAGGCGUUCGGGUGAUUGACUUCAAGAAUGAGGUGGUGCAUCUGUGGUCAUUGGAAAAGCUUCGCUUCCGCGUACGGUUAAUGCACCAGAUGCACCAGUACAUGAACCGUCCCGAGUAUCUCCAGCACUUCAGUCUGGAAAACCCCUUCUCCGAGCCGUGCAUGCCGGAGUUUUCUCGCAUCGGUGAUGCCGACGUACCUCUUGCCGCAGUCUUCGCGUCCCGCGUGCAAGACUUAAAUCUGGAUGUUAUCUCCCCUUAUACCGCUGGCGUCAUUGGCAUCAUUCGAUUAUCGCUGGAGCCUUCUUCCGCUGAGGCCCCUUCAACAACUUUAAAGUUCAACGUGGUUAUGCAUGACCUAGUCGGCUUCCCUGAGAGGGAGGGAACUCAGGUGCAUGCACAGCUCUUCGUUCCCGGCAUCUCGGACGAAAGCGGAGCCACGACUACCCAGAUGAUAACCGACUUCGAUGAAGGCCCUGUACGGUUUGAGAGCGUCCAUAGCAUGAGUCUUCCUUAUCCCAGCCCACGGACGACGUUCUUGCGCGUAUCCAUCUUCGCCAAGGUCUCAUCCAUGCAUCUGGACAAACUCCUUAGCUGGGAUGAUAUGCGGGAUUCAGCCCCUGCGCCGAAGCAGAAGAGACGCAACGCUCGUCUGCCCGAAUCUGAGUUUUUCACGGAGGAUGCCCAUGAUAUUUUUGCAAGAGUGCAGAUACAUGAGAUAUCCGAAGAUGGCACAUAUAAGCCGGUCGAGGUCAUCCAAGCUAACGUUAUGGACCCUGGCGCAUACCAGUUGCAUCAAGGCCUUCAGCGAAGGAUAGUGAUCAAACUAACACAUACCUCCGGGGACACUCUGCAGUGGAAAGAUGUUUCAUCUUUGCGUAUUGGACGGAUUCGGCUCCUCGAUGCAUCGGGGAACGCACCGGCUCUGGACAGCCCGGUCAAAGAAGUGCCAGUAAAGCUUGUCUCCCCUCCUGUUGUGAGGAACAAUGCGGACGGGACAAGUAACGUGACAUUCAUCGGCCAGUGGGAUUCCAGCAUGCAUGGCUCUCUUCUCCUCGACAGAGUCACACCGGACAAGUAUCGCGUGCAAGCAUCUCUCCUGUUCAACGUCACCAGCCCAAAGCUGACAGAGCCGAUGGUCUUCCCUCUGGAUUUACACAUCCAGAUACGAUCACGGACUUAUAUUCGCCAAACCAGUAUGCUCAUGCAGCUGUGGAAUUCUACACGAGUGGUGCACUCCACCGUCGCCAUCUUCGCAGUAGCAAUACGACCCACAUCCGUAAAGCGAGCUACAGACCUCUGGAGAAUGAACACCAGAUACGACUACGUUAAAGGCGAAGAACUCCUCUCCGGCUGGACUCCACGCGGCGUCUCACUCGUCCGCGACUUCAUCUCGACACGCAAACGGCGGCUCCGCAUCUCCGAAAUCGAAACUGCCCGCUCAGUCCUCUCCUCCCGAGCCCUCACCACCUUCCCCCCAUCCACAUACUCCGAACCCCUGACCGAACACCAAACCGCCCUCCUAAACCGCGUCCUCGCCCUCUGGCAAACCAAGAAAGCCCCCGCGGAGAUCAUCCUCAACCCCACCAACCUUGAACCCCCAUCCAACGGCGCAGCAUUCGCCCCGCAAACCGCCUCCCCCUCCGCAGACCCUGUCCCACCUCCCUCCCUCGUCGCCACGGUGCGCUACAUACCCAAGAACCCGACUCUCAUGAAAGGCGGCUACCUCCUCACUCCCGACCCCACCAACUCCAAGUGGAUCCGCCGAUACGUAGAACUCCGCCGUCCCUACCUGCACAUCUACUCGGUCCCCGAAGGCGACGAGCUCAACGCCAUCAACCUCUCCAACUCGCGCAUCGAUCACAGCCCGCAAAUCGCGCGGCUGCUGAAUCACGGCGCGGCGGCGCAGCAGGGGGCGCGGGUGGCGGACUGCGUGUUUGCCGUGUUUGCGAAGCGGAACACGUAUUUGAUGCGGGCGAGGAGCGAGAGGGAGAAGAUUGAGUGGAUUUUGAGGAUCGAUCAGAGUUAUUUUAGUUCUGUGGAGGGGUCGAGGGAGGGGUCGAGGGAGGGGUCUGAGGGGGAGGGUGGAGGGGGGUAG